AUGAAGACCUCUACCGUCCUCCUCGCUGCCGCAUCCGUGGCCAGCGCUCACUACACGCUCCCCAUCGUCAACGGCGACAGCGCCUGGACACACGUCCGCCAAGCCAAGAACUGGCAGGACAACGGCUUCGUCGGCGACGUAACCAGCAGCGCCAUCCGCUGCAACCAACUCAGUCCUGGAAAAUCCACCCUCAGCGUCGCCGCGGGUUCCAGCGUAAAAGUCAACGUCAACCCCAACGCAUACCAUCCGGGCCCCUUCCAGUCCUAUCUCGCAAAGAUGCCGGACGGCCAGGAUAUCAACACCUGGGACCCCACGGGCGCAGUGUGGUUCCGCAUUUAUGCUGAGCAGCCCAAGUUUGGCUCGCAGUUGACGUGGUUGGCUGCGGCGAACUACGACAUCAAGAUCCCGAGCUGCAUUGCGCCGGGAAAGUACUUGAUGCGCAACGAGCAUAUCGCUAUUCACAAUGCUGGAACCAAGGGCGGUGCGCAGUUCUAUCUGUCUUGCGCGCAGCUGGAGGUUACUGGAGGUGGCAGCACGGCGCCGAAGAAUCUUGUGGCGUUUCCAGGGGCGUAUAGUGCAACGGACCCAGGGAUUUUGAUUAAUAUCAACUACCCGAUUCCGACAAGUUAUAAGAAUCCUGGGCCGGAUACAUUCACUUGCUAG